UUGUUCAUUUUUGCCGACGACGCCAUGGCACCGUCGCCCUUCCUCCUUCGUCACGUCUUGGCCUCGAACGGUGUGCUCACGGCGCCGCUGCCCAACGGCGCUGGCUCCGAGACGUUGCCAACGCGCGUCUUGCUCGCUCAAGCGGCAGCGAUUGCAGCCCACUUGCCGUCGACGCCAACGUCCGUGGCCUUUCUCGCGCACCGAACGCUCGACUUUGUACGUUGCCAGUGGGCGAUUUGGCUCAAGAACCACAUUGCCGUGCCGAUCUCGCCGCAUAGCAUUGCGCGCGAGCGCGAGCACAUAUUGAAAGACUCGUGUACGACGCACGUCCUCUUGCGCGACGCCGACGUGGCCGACAUGACGGCCACGGUCGUCGUGCGCCUCGACAGCAUCGACCUGAACGCGUGGCACGGCGACUUGGACGCGCUCGUGGACAAGGAGGUCGAUCGCGACGCGAUGCUUCUCUACACGAGCGGCACGACCGGCGCCCCGAAAGGCGUGCUCACGACGCAUGCGACCUUGCAUGCGCAGGUGUCGGACUUGAUGGCGUCGUGGGCGCUGUCGCCGACCGAUCGCGUGCUGCACUUUCUGCCGCUGCACCAUAUCCACGGCAUCAUGAACAACCUCCUCGCGCCGCUUUGCGCCGGCGCGACGGUCGAGUGCCUCGUGAGCGCGUCGACCAGCGUCAUUUGGGCCACGUUGGCCCGGCAUGAGCAGCCCGUGACGAUCCUCAUGGCCGUGCCAAGCGUGUACAUGCUUCUUCUCGAGGCAUUUGACAAGUUGCCUGAGCCCAAAGAGGCAUUUGUCGCUGGCGCCAAGCAGCUUCGGCUUGCGAUUUCCGGGAGUAUGGCGUGCCCGGUCUCGAUUCUGUCGCGCUGGACCGCGCUGACAAACCAGAGUCUCUUGGAGCGGUACGGCAUGACCGAGUGCGGCAUGGCGCUCGGCAACCCGAUCGCGGGCCCUCGCCACGUUGGCUAUGUGGGCCAGCCAUUUCCUAGCGUCCAAGCCCGUAUUGGCGAAGCCGGUGCCCUCGAAGUCCGCGGCCCGACGCUCUUCAAGGCCUACUGGAACCGACCGGGGGAUACAAAGAAGGCGUGGACGGAAGACGGUUGGUUUCAAACCGGUGACGUGGCCGAGUACAGUGAAGAGCUCCAGAGCUACCGCAUUCUGGGCCGCGCCAGCGUCGACAUCAUCAAGAGCGCCGGGUACAAGCUCUCCGCGCUCGAGAUCGAACGCGUCCUGCUCGAGCACCCGCAAGUCCGCGAGUGUGCGGUCUACGGCGUCGACGACGAAACGUGGGGUCAGAUCGUCACGGCGAUCGUUCGCUCCGACGCUGGCAUUCACAGCGUCGACGAGCUCUCGCCACCUUUCCCAGCGUUUUUGAAAGCGAAUUUGGCCAAGUACAAAAUUCCGCGCAAAAUUCACAUGGUCACGGCGAUCCCGAAAAACGCCAUGGGCAAAAUCAACAAGAAGCUGCUGCCGUCGCUCUUUGAUCUCUCGCCCUCUGCCUUCUUGUAGGCUCGCCUGAGCGCCCAGAGCAAUUCACUCCGCACUCCAGAUGGGCGCAACGUCGAGCAAGCGGCCUUCGCAUCGUGCUCUCGCUGUCUCGUAGAUCAUUCGACUCGCCAAUAGCUCUCGCCAAUGCAUUUUUCUUCCGAA